AUACACUGUUCCACAGCAGAGCAAGAGCGACGCAGCUUCCUCCAGUUUUCUCGGCCAGAUUUCCAUGAUCUCGACGUUUGAUUGAUCGAUCAAUUGAUUGAUGGAUGGAUGUUCAUAUUUGUGCCACCGAUCCUGCUGAAUUCUGUAGAAAACCUCAGUGUCCUGUAGCCCUUGGACUUUCAACUCGUCUACUUUUUUCCUUAAGGAGCGAAACCUAAAGUAAGCAUUCUGAAUGUACUUUUAAUAACCACGAUUGUUCCGAGCUUUCCAAGUGGAUCCGGAUCUUGAAACGUAUCUCUUUACAGUUCUGUACAAACCGUUUGUUUUUCCACCUUUCCAAAGAGCAGAAUCGUAUUAGACGAGAAACCUUUUUGCUAUCACUGUGACGCGACUCGGUAGUACUGUACAUGUAGAUAUAUCGACUCAACGGCUUCAAGGAGCGCUUUGCUUGCAGUAUAAAUAGAUAUAUACUAUAUGGAGGGGUUUGUUUGCAAGUAAAUAAUGCAACUUCCACAAAAAUAAAACAAGGGUCACAGAGUUGCAGUGCUGUGAGAAAUGAAAUGUUUCUCCAUGCCAUUGUGCAAAAACAGGCUGAAUGUGUUAACCCCAGACAGUCUGGCUGAAAAACUUGUCUUGCAAGGUUCAGGCAGUCAGCUCUGGGUCUGGGUCAGCCAAACAGGGUGUGAGUCAAUUCAGUCAAGGCAUCAAGGUGUUACUCUGAACAGUUACAGGAAACAAUGUUCUCCAACAAUCAGCUUCUUCUAUACUAGCACUGCAGCUCGGGUUGCCAGGUCUUCCUUCUUGUUCAUUUUGCCGUCCAUAUUUUUGCGAUUUUUCUGACAGGUUCCUGCCAUUUUUCUUUUAAAUAUAAGAUAUUUGGACAAUAAUUGAUGCAAAAACACUUCCAAAUGAUCUAGGUAGAUGAGCUUGUUUUAUUUUUGUGGAAAUCAUGAUAUUUAUUUACAAAUUAUGCAACAAAGCCACAUGAAGUUAAAAAAAAAACAAAACUUAAAGAUCAGAAUGAAAGACUUUGUGUUGGAAGUGAGAAAACCUUAGCAGCAGUAGGCAUGAUAUCCGUGCUCCAGGUUCUCAGCAUUGCUGUAGGUGUUGUUGGAGUAACGAUGUUCAAGAGAAAGAGGAACUUCUCUACUUAACCGCCAUUCAUUCUAGAACCCUGAGAAAUGAAUGUUAUGCUUUUUUGAAACAUCUGCUUAAAAAAAGUUUACUGGUUUCUCCUCCUACAGGUUCAUGUAUAAGAAAAAGGAAUGUUCAUCCAAAAAAGUCAUAUCGCUUUAUGUAAUACACUGCAAUUUUUCACAUCUAUAAAAAAAAUUCCUGUCCCACUGUUUUACUGUGACGUGGUAUCUUUCUGUGUGGAUGGAGGGAUGGAUGGAUGAGCUGUGAAAGAUGGAUGAAAGCUAGAUGGGUGAAGGGUAGAUAAUCACAUGAAGGCUGUAAAAGUGGGAUGGAUGGCUGGAUGGAUUGAGGGGAGCUAGAUAAGUUGCAUAAAUGGAUGGAUGUUGGAUAGAUGGAUUGGAGCUAUAUAAAUUGAAUAAAGAGAAUGGUGGAUGAAUGGUUGGAAGCUAUAUAAGUUAAAAGGAUGGAUGGAUGGAUGGAUGGUCAAAAGCUGUAUAACUUGAAAGGAUGGAUGGUUAAAUGGCUGGAAGCUUUAUAAGCUUAAUAAAUGGAAGGAUAGAUGAAAAGCUAGAAGCUGUAUAAUAUGGAUGGAUAGUUGAACAGCUGGAAGCUCUAUAAGUUGAAUGGAUGGAUGGAUGGAUGGCUUGAAGCUGUAUAUGUUGGACCGGUGGUUGAAUGGCUGGAAGCUGUAUGAGAUGGACGGAGAGAUAGAUGAUUGGAUGGAUGGAAACUAUGUGCUGGAUGGAUUGUUGAAUGGUUUGAAGCUGUAUAGGAUGGAUGGAUGAACAGCUGGAAGCUGUAUAAGUUGGAUGGAUGGAUGGCUUGAAGCUGUAUAUGUUGGAAGGGUGGUUGAACUGCUGGAAGCUGUAUAAGAUGGAUGGAUGGAUCAGUGGUUUGAAGCUGUAUAGGUUGGAUGGAUGGAUAGAUGGAUGGAAGCUGCAUAUGCUGGAUGGAUUCUUUAAUGGCUUGAAGCUGUAUAACAAGGAUGGAUAGAUGAACGGUUGGAAGCUGUAUAAGAUGGAUGGAUGAAUGGUAGCUGAAUAUGCUGGAUGAAUUGUUUAAUGGCUGGAAGUGCUAUUGGAUGGAUGGAUGGAUCAGUGGCUUGAAGCUGUAUAGGAUGGAUGGAUUGAUGAAUCACUGAAGACUACAAAUUAAUGGAUGGAUGAAUGACUGAAAGCUGUGUCAUUUCAAUAAAUAAAUGGAAUCAGGGGAUGGAUGGAUGGAUGGAUGGAUGGAUGGACAUGGAUGUAGCAGAUGAAUUGUUGGAUAAAAGUAUAGCAGCUAGGAAAGGUGAACGAAUUAUAAAACUGAUUUAUUAAUCCGUCAUCUGCGUGACAACUUCAGAGACUUUGUUCUAAAAUAUAAAAAUAUAAAAGAGAAAAAUGUAUAAGCACAAUUUUCCAGUUCGACUAAAAGCGACGUCCUUCGUGUAUUUUGAAGCGGACUCUGACAGGAAUUGCACGACGGAAAGCGGUAGCGAGAAGUGGACAGGCGCAUGCGCAGACUGCUCUUUCCUUCGUCCGGGUAUUUUACAGUCCGCUGUGUGGCUGAGGAGGCGGGAAAUGGCGACUAGUGGUGCAGUGAAUAAAAACCUCGUUUAAUAACAACAAAACACAGGAAAGCGGCUUUCAAUUAAAAGAAGCCCGCAACUAGAAUUGUCUCUGCGGCAGCCAUCAAGACCCAGCCAUCACAGAAGGGCUGGUUUACGGGCUUUAACAAUUUUACUUUAUUGAUCCCAAAGGAAAUUCCAGAUGUCCAGCAGCAAUAGAGACAGUAACACAAAGACAGUAAUAGAUGUGACCGUAAAACAACAUGAAGCUGAGAGUGCGUGAGGCAUCUCAGCCGCCAAACCCGAACCCUCGCGUCCGCCGACGGGCCCGGAAACCCAAACGCAGACGCUCACGGUGCUCGCUCGAAGGAAAGGGCCUUCUGAAGACCGUCAAACAUCACGAGGCGGUGAAGAUGGUGAUGAAGAAACAUGGAGGAGCCAAGAGAAGCCGCGUGACCUGUGACCUCAUCACCUCGUCCCCUCGAGGCGCCAAUGUCUGUAGGAAAAGUGCUGGACGCAGGAGCCGCUCCGUCAACCAAGAAACCAGGAACCAUGAGGCACCUAAACAGACCAAGAGCAGCGUGAAGCUGGAGGCUGUAGAUACUUUGGACAGUCCUCCCCGAACCACCGUGCUCGGAACCGUCUUCUCUCCGGUCUUCAACUACUUCUCUCCGGCCAACAGAACAGGUUUGGACCUGCCGGGUCAGGCCAUGGAGGCAGAGGAGAUCAUAAAGCAGCUGGACAUGGAGCAGGUGGAGGAGAUGCCCAUGGGUACUGCCACAUCAGCACCGGUGCAGUGUGUCCCAAUCUACCCCAGUGCCAUGUCCCCCUACCACAACCACACGGAAGAUGAGGAAGAGGAUGCGGUCACUCAUGUUGAUCUGCCUCCUCUUACAGCUGUAGGAUAUCCCUCGGUCAGUGGUUAUGUGGAGGUUCCUGCCUGUGUCCCUGACCCGUCGUGUGAGGAGGACUGGGAGACGUUUGACCCGUAUUUCUUCAUCAAGCACAUACCUCCACUAACCGAGGAGCAGCUAACUCGUAAACCUGCACUGCCCUUAAAGACUCGCAGCACACCCGAGUUCUCCCUCGUCAUAGACCUGGACGAAACUUUAGUUCAUUGCAGUCUGAACGAGCUGGAAGAUGCAGCACUGACGUUCCCCGUGCUUUUCCAAGAUGUUAUUUACCAGGUAUAUGUACGGUUGCGGCCGUUCUUUAGAGAAUUUCUCCAGCGGAUGUCUCAGAUUUAUGAGAUCAUUCUUUUCACCGCUUCGAAGAAAGUGUACGCGGAUAAGUUGCUGAACAUCCUCGAUCCGAAGAAGCAGUUAGUUCGACACAGGUUAUUUCGUGAACAUUGCGUCUGUGUCCAGGGAAACUACAUCAAAGAUCUGAACAUUCUCGGGAGAGAUCUCUCGAAGACCAUCAUUAUUGACAACUCUCCACAAGCCUUCGCCUAUCAGCUGUCUAAUGGCAUCCCGAUCGAGAGCUGGUUUGUGGAUAAGAACGACAGCGAACUUCUCAAGCUGGUGCCUUUUCUGGAAAAGCUGGUGGAGUUGAACGAGGACGUGCGACCGCACGUACGUGAGCGCUUUCGUCUGCACGACCUGCUGCCUCCCGACUGAAGCGCGAGCCUCGGGAACCGUGGACGACUGACGAAGACGACUGAAAACCAGCCUUUCUGCUUAAAAAAAAAAAAGAAAAAAAGUUGCCUUUUUUAUUUUUUUAUUUCCUUCCUUUCUGCCGUUACAGUCCUGAAAGUCGGGAAAAAGAAAGAAGAUGAACAGGAUUUAUAAGCCAGAGUCUAGACGUGUAAUUGAGGAUGUGUGAGUCUCCAAGUCUGAGGUUAAGAAGAGGAAGAUCCUGUUUCUUUCUUUUUCCUUUUUUUUAAUUUGGUUUAAAGGGAUUAUUUUAGAUUUUUUUUUAUUUAGUUCUUUCAAACAUAUUCUACAUUAUGUAUUAUUCAGUAAUUACAGUGAAUUACAGAUAGGUAAAGUGUAUAGUUAUGACCAGACGUUUAAAUCGGGUUCAAACGCUCACUUUAAUAGGAACAACCGAACCUCUCAGUGUCUUGGGUUUGACUCAGUUCUGAGUCUGUUGUAACCCUCAGGCAGCCUCGAGGUCCGAUGUGUUCGGAGACGCUUUUCCUCUCAACACAGGCGUAAAAAGUGGUUCUUUGGGCUGCAAGGCGUUUCCGUCCACAGAACUGCACAAUGGAUGUGUUUUUGUUUCCCCUCACCGUUCUACAUAGGAACCAAGAUCAUUUAUUUUUCCCCCUUAUUCUCAAUUCUGAUUGGCUGAAACGAAUGGUUUACCAACGAGCAGCUGUAUACCGUGUUCCUAUUAAAGUGACCAGAGACAAUAAAAUAUUUUGCUGCAUUUUCAUGGAAGAGGUUAUGAGAUGUUUAAGUAUUUCACAGUCUGUAUUUUCAACACGUGUCAUUUUUUACUCCAGUUAGGAUUUCGGAGAACAAACGCCGCCCGAGGUCACUUCUUAUCGGUUUUAAAUUUUUUUUAAAUCAUGUUUUUAGGAUCAUUUCUUUGUAUUAGAUAUAUCUAUUUUUUUAAAGUCAGUGUUUAUGGUCUCUUAUGGUUUUAGUAUUCAUUUGUAAAAGAAGUGUUUUAACUGAAUGUCGAGCGCUAAAGUAGCAUGAUGGUUCGGGUUUUUGGUUUUGUUUUCUUUUCAUUUUGGCUCAAACGUAGCAUCAAUAUAUUUUUUUUUCUUUCUUUUUAUUAAGUGAAAUGAUUUGCCGACGAAACAAACGACACUUUGCUUCAACACGCUUACUCAGAAUCAGUCAAACGAGCAAAAACAACUAUAAUAGUAACGAAUCUCAUAACGAGGCUGAGAAACAUAACGUACGUUGAAUUUUCUUCUUACUAAGAUGAUUUUUUUUUUUUUUUUUUUUUAAGUUGAUGUGUGAGGGUGUAAAAGAAAAGCACUUUCUGCUUUGUUUUAUUGCCAACUUUCCUGCUUCUCUAGGGGUCCAGGAAGCAUAUCUGUGGGGUCAGUGGUUUUUAAUGAAUAAGGAAAAAUUAAUUAUUCAUCAUAAAUAAAUUCACCAUUAUAGUUAUUUUUUACAUUUUUUUUUUUUUUAAAGUUAUUUUGCAUUUUGAAUAGUGUCAGCUGGACUGUAGUAACAUUUUUAAGUAUAAGGAAAAAACUGACAGUCUGGAGAGUCUAGAGAUAAAAAACAAUAAUGUGUCAUUUUCUUUUUCUUUUUUUUCCUCUCUUCUUCUUUUAAAUAUUUGAACAAAAAAAAUAUAUUGGAGAAAAAAAAAAAUUUUGGACCCAUUAUCCAUUUGCAAUUUUUUCCCCCAUCUUCCUUGACUUUUUGUAAGGCACUUUAAAAUACAUCUAUAUAUGUAUAUACAGAAUUUAAAAAAAAUUCUGCAUUAUUUAAAAUCGAAAUUUUAAUGCAAUAAGACAGAAAAAACAGACUUGCAGUAAUUAAUAAACUAAUUCGUUAGUACAGUUAAUAAGAACUGAAUCUACAUGAGCUUUUUUUUUUUUUUUUUUUUUAAUUAUUUUUAAUUUUUAUUUUUGUCAUCGAUUCUGCUGCGUCUGCCUGAGCUCUAAAGCCUUCGUGUUUCCGUACGUGAAUAUUAAAGUUCCUGUUAAAGUCAAUUUCCUUUUUGAAAUCCUUAGUAGAAAACCAUAAAUAGCUUCUUUGUCGUAAAAUUUGUAAGAAAUAAUUGCAAAGCAAUACAGGAGGAGAAGUGAUCCCAAGGAUCCUGCUCUAUUAAAAAAAAAUAAUUAAAAGAAAAAAAUGUAAAAAAUAAUAAAAAGAAAGUUUGUACUAUUCUUUCUCAUUGAAAGAGUCCGUGAUCGGUUACAUUACAGUAUGCAAAUGGAUUUGCGUGUAUUUUUAUUAAUCCGUUGUACAAAACGGUGGCCAUUCUUUUAUUUUAUUAUUUUAAUUUUAUUUUUUUUUAUUUUUAAUCCUCCGCUGCAUGUGGUGUUGAGAUUUUUGUGCUUUAAUGCAGCUGUAAAUAUUUGCAAAAGGUUUUCAGGCACAUAAUACAAGAAUCUUCCCUUUUUACAUUUUUAUUUUAUUUUUUUUUUUGUCGGGUCAGAGAGCUGUAGCUGAAGUCGCUCAGUGACACGAAGAUCCUUGAUGUAAGCAAACUUCUUUUGUUUUUUGUUUUUUUUUUGUGCCUUUUAUCUCAAAAGAAAUUGUUCAUUUAAAAAAAAAAAGCACAUUUUUAUCUGUGUUUUUUUCCCCUCUCUCUUUCUCCUGUUACAUGUAUGUGUUUUUUUUUUGUUUGUUUGUUUGUUUUUUAAUUUAGUUAGCCCUCGACAUGCACUCAUGGCUGUAUUUUUAUUUUUUAUUUUU